GUGCCAAAAUCUUCGGUCUUGAAUGUGAUUAAACUGCAGAGUAAUGUGCAUCCAGCCUCUCAGUGCCGUACACAGCCACGCUAGUCUGAACAGAUGCCCUGUCCCGUAACUCAGAAGUGCUACUGCAUACGGAAAGAAUUGGGAAACAUUAAAAAGCUAUGAUAAUGACUGAAUAUUUCAAGCUCCAUUGAGGAAAAACCUCCCAAAUGCAGUCUUUUAGAGAUUAGAAAGCACUGCUGUAAAUAUGCAUGUCAAUACUCUUUAAGAGGCGAUUUCAUGAACCGUAUUAAUUAGCCAAAAUUUUAUAGCUAAUUAUUGGAUGGGAGAUUGGUAGUCUUGUGAGUUUGGAAAAGAACAGUUUGAUUUAGAAAAUGAAUGUUGAAUGAUAGAAAAUAUAGUUCUAUUUGGGGUUUUCUCUCGGGAGCGGCAGUGUAAGCACAGUUUUGAAUGCAGAUCUUAGUCUAAACAAGUUUCUCCUUCUCAUCAGGGAGAUAAUAACUCCUUGUGAUCUUCACUAUAGAAAUACACAGCUCUAACUUAAAUUCUUUGUUUUUUUUCCCUUUUUUCCCAUGAAAAAACUCCCAAGCUAAUUAUCUGCGGAUGGUUGUACAUUUAAUUACUAAAUGAUUUUACAAUGAGCUUUGGGAAUAUUUAUGCUCUAACAUGCUGAAGAUGUAUGCAAGAGAUCCUAUUCCUCUGUGUAACAUAGAGAUAAUGAGUCAUUCGAUGCCAUGAAAUUACAGGUACAAAGUGGGCUUGGUUUAAAUGGGCUUUUAGUCAGCUUGUUUAUUUUGUCUUAUUUUACUCAGUGGAGUUGGUUGCUGUAGUGAAUCCUUUUAGCCGUUUUCCUGUCGGAGUCAAUAUUUCAGACGAAACAAUUGGCCUUAACAAGGUUUGAUUUACAUGCUGGGUGCACAUCGGGUGAUAAGGCAUCAAGCGCAGUGAAUGAAUGACAGAGUGUAUCAGAUUCUUCCAUUCAACAUAAAACGGCCACACAAGCACAGUGUAAUGAGAGGAAACAGGUGUAUAAUAGCUGGAGUUAUUGAUUACAAAGCAUUCAGCUGAAUUUACUCCUCAUUAGGCUUCUUUAUUGAAUCAGAAGUUGCUGUCUAUUUAUAUCUAAACUAAAGGCUUAGGUAGAUCAUUUUCUUAGUUAUGUUUGUGUCUUUUUGGUUAAAUCCUGUUUUCAUGUUCUUUGUGCCUCACUUAUUUCCACACAUCAAAAAAACGUUCUGCUUUAUUUAAUUUUAAGUAAUGAAAAUUCAAAAAAAGUAAGAUCUUCUGCGUGAUAAUAAGAAACAAAACUUUCCAUAGAUGUUAUAAAAUGUUAAUGGUUAAUACUGAAUCACAUCUCUAUGGAUCUAAUUAACAGCCUUGAUUGUGAAUUGAAGUUCUUUAUAGAUUACUGGUUGUUGUUCUGCAGUUUGUGAGCAUUGCUCGGACAUGGUGAAACGAGGACAAACUGAGUUUUAACCACUUCUGGUCUCUUAUCUCUAGGCCCCCAGGAGAAGCAUGUGAUGACUCACGCAAGGCAGAAGGGUUCCCUCAGGCAGAGCCGCAGUACUGCUGAGUGGUGGGACAACUGUCCUCCUGGGCCACAUGGUGGCACUAUGGGCGGCACUGGGCCUGAGCGCUCACUCCGAUUUGGAAGGACAAUGAAGAUAAUUGACGUCACCAAACAAGGGAAAGAAAUGGGCAAGAAGAUGACUCGUAAGAGAGGGAGAAGAGAAAAAUCUGAUCAGAACCGGAAACUCGACCGACGGCGUGACAAAAAAUUGGACAGGAAGUUGUAUCCCUUGAGAGGGCGGGCUGGGGGUUCAGGUGAGGAGGGGCUCAGCUGCCACGUCCUCCUCACCCGAUUGGAGGAAAGCAUACGUGAAAAAGAGAGUUCUGAAGAAAGGAAAGGAAACAAUGCACGCCGACAUUCAGCCCUCAAAAGUAAACCCAAAAAAGGGAAACGCAAUGAAAGAAGACAGUCAAAGAGUUCACCAAAAAAUAAAUCAAAGUCAGUUAGCUCAAGUCAUGGGGAGGGUAUUAAUGUCUUACAACCACGCAAGCGCCGGCUGGCCUCUCUCAAUGCUGAGGCAGUGAACAGUCUACUGCUUGAAAGGGCUUCUGACCUUCAGCCAGCCGCCAAACAGGCCAGGAGACAGAUAGAACCCACAAAUGGAGGGGGUUCCUCAGAUGCAGAUCCAACCAGAAGUGUCCCCGGAGGUCUGAAGGCCUCACGAGGUAACAUCAGUAAAGUCUCCUCAUCUCACAGACGAGAACUGUGCCAAAGCUCUAAGCCAGUCAAGAGGGCCAAAGUCAGUCGUGCUGAUGAGCGCAGGGAGAUGAGUCAGGAGAGUCUCGAUGCUCCCGCCCCCAGACGAUUGGCUGGACUCAAUGCCGCAGCCCUGCUGAAGUUAACCAGCUCCUCUGCUACCAGUAAACAGAGAUUAAAGGCUGCACCCACAGCUACUAUCACGUCAGACUGCAAGGCUCCGGCUGCAGUCUCAACCCCAAUACAGGACUCCAGAGUCAAACACAAACACAAAGGGCGAUCACAAAAGCAGAAGGGGAAGAAGGCCCCCUCCCCACACAGCGGUUGCACAGCCUGCAAGGAGAAGGUGGACUUUGAGCCCAAAGUUGAGUGGGAAACAAGCAACUGCACACACAGACUGACCAAACCCGGCUACCAGUCACGCAGCAUGCUAGCAUACCCACUAAAACAAGUGAAGGAGGAGCCGCUGGAAACUGAACUGAGCCCAUACUACUGCUGUCCACCAGAGGGCUCAGUAGAAUACUGCCACCGUUUGGCCUUCUUUCUGGAUCAGCAGCCCUAUCGAGAAUCAGAUGAACAGCCUCUUAACACAGCCAUGACCCCUGUGAAGCGCGAGUGCCUCGUAACCUCACCGUCCCUGACCCAUUCCCAUCCACACACAGCCCUGACCCUCAGCCCCCACCCCUGCCUCUGCACCGCUGACCACUGCUUCUCCAGCUACUACGUCCACAUUGCCCACCCGACACACACUGGAACAACAUCACAAUCCCUGGCACCGCGACCUCUGAACUUUUCCCCAUCCAGUCUGUGCCCUAACCGGAUGACUGGCUCCAAGCUACUGGGUUCACGGAUGUCCCACGGCUCAGGGCAGGCCCACCCUGCCUACUGUAACUCUGUGGCUUCACCCUGUUAUGGUGAUGCCUGUGGGAUCAAUGGCUACACAUACAGAGCCAUGCCUCCCGUCACCAGCCGGGGUUGCUCUUUCAGCACAGGAUGCACUGGAUGUACACACAGCAUCAAAACAGAGGGUUACGCCUCCCCUCAGGGUGACCACAGCUCCUCCCUUCUGGUAUCCCCAUCCAUGCCCAUCUCCAGCUGCCCUCUCUCCAGUGUGCCCACUUCCACCCAGACUAAACCCCACCUGCUGAGCCCCCUGUCUGGGCGCGACCAGCCCCAGGCCAGGUUAAAGCUGGCCAGGGAAUGCUCACAGAGCACCAAGCCCUCCAACGACUCUCUAUCCAUAGGUCGAACACGGCUGCCUCAGAAACAGUCAUCACCUUUGCCAAGUUGGACCAGCACCAAACAUAAGAAAAUCAGCCGAAGACGUGCCACCAACGGCUGGCGGACUGUUGGAAUGCCCACUGAGAGGGAUGUCUUCAUUGCGGGGGAGGAUGAGACGGCCCUACGGCAGUGUUAUGAAGGAGUGGAGAGGGACGGUGAAGUGAUACAUGUCAGAGACACAGUGCUGCUACGAUCGGGCCCCAGGAAGAAAUCCCUCCCAUAUGUUGCCAAGAUAUCAGCGCUGUGGGAGGACCCCAAAACAGGAGAGCUGAUGAUGAGUCUUUUCUGGUACUACCGACCUGAGCACACCCAGGGAGGCCGAGAUCCCAGCGCACACUGUGAGAAUGAGAUUUUUGCCUCUCGGCAUCAGGAUGAAAAUAGUGUGGCCUGCAUAGAAGACAGAUGCUAUGUUCUCCCACUAGCCCAGUACUGUAGAUAUUGUGCCUUGGUGAAGCGGCGUGCCGAAGGCGCGCCAUCUGGCAGCACCAGCAUGGUGCCCUGCCGCCCGGACUUUGCCCCCCCCUCCCACCGCUGUGUGCCCACAGACGUUGACCCCGAGCUGGUGUAUCUCUGCCGGCACGUCUACGACUUCCGCUUCGGACGCAUCCUGAAGAACCUGCAGUAGAGGGAAGAGGGUUUGUCGCAUCUAUGAAUUAAUCAGAAAGUCCCGAAGGAGCAAUCACCCUGGUCUUUUCUGCUGGGGACCUCGCGGUCAGAGGGAAGGGGGAUAAUGGGGUUGGGUUGUUGAUGCAAAUAGUGUUUUGAAGAAGCACAGAUCCCUUUAGUGAACUACAGAGGGGGGUUACUAUGUGAUAGAUGAAUCUGUCUCUGUCAGGGCACUGAUAUUUCCUGCUUCGGAACAGUGAGGAGGGCACUUUUCGUCCAUCAGCUUGGAUUUUUUGGCUUCCACAGCACUCUGAGGUUACAUAAAAGGUUGUGUCUCCACCUCCCCUUUGCCUGCCAGGAAUGCUGAACACCAGGCUGGACUUGGCUACUGUCAGGACCGCAUUUCCCCCAAAGCAUCUUAGCACAACAAUCAUGUUUGUUCCAUUUGUAAACCAAUGGCUCAGGGAUGGUCUGCCUCUAAGGUGCUUCUGGAGAAGACAAGCCUGCACUGUCAGCUCAAUGUUAACGGUGUUCAACCAGCCAGUGUGGAGGAGCAGCUAAUGGAGAGUGUCGUCUUAUUUCCCCUGAUUUGAGUUUGUCUCAGUGUGAGAGAGUGGCAGAGCGAGGGUUGUCAGUAUGGAUAAAUGGAUAAAUGUGGGUGUGUGUGAUGCUUUUUUAGGAGGCUUUCAGGCAAUCAAACCAAACAAGCAGCUUUAGAGGAAGUGGGUCUCUCUCUCUCUCUCGUCUACCGUCCUCUGUAAUUUGUGAUUCAGUUCACCGACACUGACAUUUUCAUCCUGAGUGACGCUCCUCUCAAACUAAAUUACCUGAAGAGAAAUACCUUUACUUACCAAACUCAACUCUAGAUUAAAGUUUCUUAAACCUGGGGUUAUGGCUCUAAAAUGAUUCUACUAAUGAAAACACACUCAACUAUUACCACAGGCACAGUUUGGGGUGAUUCAGGGGUUUUAAAAUAAUACCAGUGUUUCCCGUGAUUAGCUUAGACUGUGGCCACCCGCCAUAGUCAAAUUUAUCCAGCCACAGUCUCCUAAUGAACCAAAAUCUUUAUACACACUCACAAUAACAUAAAAGAUAUCUACUUUCUCCUUGCUGCACCUUUCAUCGUAGAACCACGUGCAGCGCUCCUUGAUGAGCACACAGUUCUCCGCAGAAAGGGAGUUACAGUCUUAUGCUUUAUUGUGCAUGACAGCAAACUGUGUGCUCUUGGGCGUGUUGCAAGUUCGGUUUCUAUGUGAAUUCUUGCAAUAUUACAUAGCUCAUUGGGCCUAUUAGCCAGGUUAUGAAAGUUAACCUGCUGGUAUUCUGAUUAUUAUUUUCGUUUUCAUGUUGUACACACUACAUUUCCCCUAGAUUUAUCUUGUGAACCACCAACCUUGAAGUCCAAACUGUGCCUAUGACAAAACCACAGUUGAUCCUCAGACUUAUGUUUCUUCUCAGCCACAGCCCUUGUUUGAAGAAGCCUUUGUUCCAAAUAGGAUCUUAGAGGAUUCGACGGGGAGAGAGAGAGCCCUUGUUAAAGAUUCAAGACCCUCCUCUGCCCUGUAGAGGCUUAUUAAGAGGAGGGCCAUCGUUCAUUGCUUUUCUUUUAUUGUCAUAUUUUUUCACAUGUGCUGUUCCCUGUGACUUGCCUUAUGACUUGCAGGUAGAACAUUAGGCAGCUAGUCUCACCACAUACGAUAAGGAAGUGGUAGAUUGGAUUUACUUUUGUCCCGAGAAGUAGGAUUUUGCUGCCGAUCAAUUGACAGCCGUGGCAUGAAAAUGCACUAGUUUAGGGCUGCAACUAACAAGCAUUUUCAUCAUCUGUUCAUGGUUUUGUUGAUAAAUUGCAUCAAACUCGUGCAAAAUGGCCUGUGUCAUAAAAAGUUUGAAAUGGCUUCAAUGAAGAUUAGAUCAUCAAAAUACUAGUGGAUAAAUUAGACAUCUAUCGACUGAUCGUUGCAGCUCUACACUGGUUAGAAACCCAGUGCACUUUUCAUGUUGUCGACCUGCUUUGCUCUAGCUGCUCACCUGCGUCCUGAAGUGCCACAACACCCGGGAAAUGUCUAUUCUAAUUCUACACCCAUACGGAUUUUUCUUCCUCCUCCUCCUUCUCCUCCUCCUCCUCUUUCCCAAAAGACAAACCAAAGGAUGUCACAAAAGCCAGAGUCCCCGUCUCCUCCCUCGCACUUCUUCCUCUCUUCAGCACCUCUGCCCUCGUUCCCUUAUUAUAUUGCACUAAUCCAUUCCUUAAUUACAACAAACAUUCUUUUUUUCUUUUUGUUCUAGCUACUAACAUCGUCCUGGGGAAACAUACUGUUUAUCAUUAUCAAUGUGCGUAUGUGUGUUUGUGUGCGUGGGUCUGUGUGUGUGUGUUUUGUAGAGAAGGAAAUGGUAACGAUGUCAUGGCUGCUUUUGUCAGUGCAAACUGUAUAUUUUGAUGAUUUCACCAGUAGAGGAGUUGGCCAGUGUGUUUGUCAUGUUACCUGAUGCACAACCUGUUGAAUCCCAUGGAAUAUAAACAGUAUACAUAUACAGUAUAUGUAUAUUACUAGUCAUUCCAUUAGAUUUUUUAAAAAUCAGCUCUGACAUACUUAUAUAAAUAUACAAUAUAUAUAUGUAUGUAUGUAUUAUGUAUCCUCACUGUUGAUGUGCUGAGGUUUCAGGAAGGGAUCUGGAUGAGGCCUGACUCAAACUGUAGAUAAAGAUAGAUGACACGUCUCCUCUUUCUCCCGCCAUCCACAAACGAAGCCAAAAUAUCUUGAAUAUGAGCGCUGCCAUUUUGUGCUGAUGAUGUCAUUUGGGGUAGCAAUCAGGGAAUGGAGCUGUGGUAGCGAGAGCCUGCAGAUACACAUGUUCGACCUAUCGCUAGUCAUACUCAGCUGCCAAUCAUGACGUUUCACCCCCUUUUUAUAGCAUUGAAGAACAAAUUAAAACCAAAUUUACUGGGGAAAUGAACAAAGAACUACCUAAUUUUACAGAAACAAUCAUGAACUUAAUUUAUUUGACUUUUUUAGUUUGAUUCAUUCACUAACAUGGAGAAGGAGGGGUGUAUGACCUAUACUGCAGCCCACCACUAGAGGACAUGCAAGAUACUUUGGCGUAACAUUUGGGGAGCUGUCAUGUCAUCCAUCUUUAUGCACAGCCUAUGGGAUAAACAUAGCACCAUGUUUAGACGUGUGUUUGGAUUGAAGGGUGGGGUGGGGGUCGGGGUGGGCUUUAUACUUAUUUGAGUCGUGGCGGCUUUUUCACACCGCAGCUCUUUCAUUGCCUUUUGAACCUGCAAGUGUUUUACUGUCACUCAGCAAAUAGAGUCGGAGUGUGUGUACCUUUAAACAAAUAACGAUUACCCGAUUGCUUUACUGCACAGCAAAUGCCCUGAAUUUCAACGUUAUUGGACGAGCAGUAAACGUUUCCAACACUUUAAAGCCAUCUUUAACUUUCUCUCUAUUCGAGCAGCAUGACUCCGAACACAGAUCCCAAAAUCAAAUCCUGCUCAAUAGGUUGUUUUUUCUUGGUUUCUAUUAAAAAGCCCAGAUUCUUCAAAGAAGUAAUAUAUAUAUAUAUAUAUAUUCUCCUACUUUACAAUUUCUCCUUAUUAAGAAUAUUUUAUUAUGUCGAUUUCUUAAGAUGGCAUAUGCAAUAUAUUUUUAGACUUGCUAUUUUUGGAAAGUGAACUUAAAAAAAGAUCAAGAAAAGAAUAUGCAUUAUUAUUUAUUUCUGUAUAACAAAUUAGUUUUAAAAUCAUCAGAGCGUUAAUUGAGAUUUGACCAAAUGGAAAAAGAAGAGCAGAACGAAGGGAGCCGAUGCCGUGGUAUAAUCUGAGGCUGUAGAUAAAAAGCAGUGAGGUAAAUUCCCUUCCAGCCAAUUUCUAUUGAAGUGUACAUAUCUGAAUCCAGGAAGCACUGGGCACUCUUUAAAACAAGCAGACAGCCAAUGCACAGCGUAGUAUUUUUGCAAGAUCUGUAAUAGUUAUAUUUAAAGUAAGAAAAAAAAUAUUUAAAUGGAGUAAACAGUACAAUAUAUUAAGAUUUCAAUUUAACUUAUUUGGAAAUAUUGUGUCUAAUCGAUGAACUAUAUCGUGUUUCUUUGUUCUCCAGGAUUGAAAUGAUUUCUGUUUAUUUGUAAUUUAUGAGUUUAGAGAUUAAAUGAUUUGCCCGGUGGUUGUCAACGGAGAUGUAAAUGUUGUUUACAUCGUUUUGCUGUCGGGGGGUGAAGGCCAGACCCAUAUCACGCUCUGACAGACAGGAGAGCAGAAGUCGACACAAAUUGAACAUUUGAUCAGAUUCCCUGUUUGAGAUACUGACCUGAGGCCUCUGGGACUUCAAGCUCUCCUGCUCAACUUGACCGACCUUUAGUGCAACAGUUGGGAGAAUUCAGUGGCAACGUGGUCACCUGAGCUUUUAUCAGUUUGUCCUAUCAGGGCAACGGUACACCUGAGACAGGACGGGACGUCCUCUGACCUCCAGGUCUAGUUUACUUUUCUAAGUUAAGCCCAAUGUUGGGACUGUGGGGAAAUUAGUACGGAGGAUGAUGCAGUCAGAAGAAGUUUUAAUCUUUAUUUUUGCUCAGCAAGUGCAGUCUGUAUUAUUUUUGUGGAGUAAGAGAGGGUGACUAAACUUCCCUUUGUUACAUAAUUAUAUUUUUUCAAUUGAAAGCCAUUUUUUAGGUUCCCCAAAAGGAAGGGACAAAGAUAAAUAUGUAGAAUUCUCCUCUAAUAAAAAAUAUAUGAUCUAUCUCCCCUUCCCAACACAAGUAAAUCUCCCUUCUCAUUGAAGUCAUUAAAUUGACAAUGACUUAACAUCCUUGUUUAACUUCUCUGAAUUUAGCUCAAUAUUAUAUUUUCAAUUUGAGUCAGGAAUAAGGGACAAGGAUAGGCUUUAUUUGUGAGAGCAGGAGAGGGUGUUUUAGCUUUCAUUUGUUUCGUAAUUAUAUUUUAAAUAGUUUUGUGCAUAAAUUUAAGUCAAGUUUUCGUAGCGGCCAAAAAAGAAAGGGUCUAAACUACACAUUGAUGUGGCUAUGGAAGUUAUUUUUUUUAUCAAAUUUAAGAUGUAUCUUCCUUCACACAAAUAAUUUCCCUUCAGCCCCUUAUGGAAGUCAUUAAAAUGAGGAGGUUUAGCAGUGGGCUGAGAUUGAAUUUAGGAUUUUUUAUAUACUUAAUGAGUAGAUCAAAUUAAGGAUCUACUGACCAGCUUCUCCCUCUGUCCUCAUCAGCUGGCCACCGCUGCCUUUCUCCCAGAUGUGCAUUGAUGGUAUUUGGCCCCUAGAGGGCAGGAAUUCCUGUGUGACUCAUGGCCACAUCCCAAUGCUGUCCAACAAUUCCCUCCCUCGUGCUAUGGCCUUGAAUUUCUAUCUUUUGGCUACUGAGAGCGAACUUCCUGGAGGUAGUCAUAAGUCUGGUCAGCACUGCUAAAAGCACGGACCAGACUGAAUGUUAUUAUUGAUGUAACUUAAUUUUCCAGCAGCUUUUCAUGGACACAGCUGCAUCCCUUGUUGCCAUGGCAGCAGGGCAGGGCCGUCACUCAGGAGAUGGUUUGGUGGCCAGGGUCAAACGCUGGGUGACCUUCUUUUGAUGCCUGACAGGAAGUACGUUCCCUCAGUGGGUCCAAACAAAAGCACCCGACCAACCCAUGAGAUUCUGCUUUCUGUGUCUGUGCUGAUGCUUGUUGUCGAUAUAUACCUGGACAAAAUGGGGGAUAUACAGUAAAGAGUCUAGAUAUUUUUGGAGUAGAGAAGCAAUGUGUGUAUCAGAAUAUUGUCACUUUGUCAUGCUCUCUGAAAAUUGCUUGGAUUUUUUUUUUGUUGGAAGAAUUAUAACAGCCCUCUGAUUUAAUGUUCCAUUCAAAGAAUAUUUAUAAAUUUUAAGUCCUUUGUGAAAA